AUGGUCGGGGGACUUCGUGAACAGUGCGUUCAACGCCUUUCUCGGCAAGUGGCAAGCCGAGGCCGGCGGCUUCUUAGGCGGCCGCUUGCUGUUCGGCCCCCUCGCACAGGUCUUUCCUCGCGUCUUCAUGACGAGCGACUGUGGACUUCGCCGACGCAAACUGAGAGGGUUGCCGAGUCUUCCGAUGCAGGGGAACCUGCCGCAUCACCUUGGCGGGAGGGUGCAUGUCCUUUGCAGGGCUACGCCUCACCUUUGGACUCUGGCGCUUCGAGCCUUUUCACUUGUCCGUCUGCAUGCUUCGCCCAACCGCCCUGUCACCGAGAGAUCGAAAAGCGAGAAACAGAACCGGCUGCUGCCCAGGGUGCUUCUUGGGCUGGCUUCCCUGACGCCAUUCUCUAUGUCCGUUGGCGCACGCGCCUCUCAUGCCUGUCGCAGCACAGCGUCCUGAACGGCCGGCAGUCCCAGACGCCUUUUCUGGCGAGGAGCUACGCGAGCCUGACUUCUUUUGAAGAUCUUUCUAGACAGCCGCAGACUCUGUCGUGGAAGACAAAGAGUGAAACAGCAACUGCACCUCUUCGUCGCUUGCUUGCAAGAACGAAAUCUUUCUCUUCGGCUAGCGACCGCGACAGCCGCGUGCAGGGGAACCUGUUUGCCUCGGACAUCGCGUCUCUGCCUGUCGUGCGCGUUCUCGUGGAAGCUGCCUCCGAAGCAUCAGAAGCAGGCGAUCGCGCGGGGGCCAGCCCACGCAGUCGCCGCGAGUUGCUGGGAGACAUGUCGGGUGUCGCCGCGCUCGAGGAGGCAGAGAGGCGAGGCUUGGAAGCCGUCGUCCUCGCAGGCAGCAGCGCGAAGCUUCCGGUCUGUGUGCUCACUUCAAGUCUGUCGGACUUCCUGGAACAGCAGCAGCUGCGCCAGGCCCGCGCGAAGGCGAUGCAAGUCCCCGCUGCGUUUCGCGUGGGGUACAGUUUUUCUGGAGAGGUCGGAAGGCGCGGAAGCACCGACGGAGGAGUUGAAAUGAAGGAGGGGGCGACCAGCGGCGGAGCAGGCGGCGAGGCCGCGGACUUGCGGUCGGAGGAAGGAGCCAAAGCGGCGGCCGUUGGGCUCGAAAGUCGAGAGUUGGGGGGAGCUCGGGAGGCAGAUGUGGGCACAUUCGCCUUUGACCCGUCUUUGAAGAUUAAAACCGUGAGGAUCAACGGUGUUGCGGACGAGCGCGAUAUGCUGAGGAGUGCCCAGACUGCGAGGAAAUUUCUGUCUCAAGGCCACCGCGUGGAGCUGCAAGUCGUCGCCCAGAUGCACCAGAAGAAGACGCGCGCGCGCACGAGUCACCUCGUUCUCCUCAUUGGCGGCUUCGUUCGCGAGUGUCGCGACGUGGGACGGCCUCUCCAUCUCCCUCUCAACGCGUCGUUGCUUGCCAGCUUGCCAGUCAUCAAAGUUCAGAUCUGGCCAUGCUCGAAGGAGCAGGCUGCCGCUUUCCAGAUGCCCCCAGUGACUCUGGAGAGUCCGAAGAAGGGGAAGGGCGGGAAGCAGGAAGAACAUGAGAGAGAAGGGAAGAAGGGAAAGGGACAAGGAGGACACGAGAAACGAAGCCACGCGCACACCAAUGCUCGCCACGAGGCAUUUGACUAG